UAUAAAACUAUUCUGGUAAGCUGUGAUAUUAGGUCAGAAGAAGUGAUCACUUUCAAAGAUGUUCUCACUCAGUAGCAGUGCCAGGAAGGUGUAGGGUUUCACAGGCAAGCGGAGGAGGGACGUACACAGCUGGUUUAGACUCUGGAGACUUCUGCAGUUUUGUUGUUGCUGGUUGAUGAACUUUCUUCAGGUGUUGCUGUCCUCUAUCCAUUGAUGCGCAAAACACUGUGUUGUAACCUACCUACUUUUAUCCCAUUUUUUGAGUAAGAGUUGUAGGAGAAAGACUGGAAGACAUGUGGCGGUUGUUUCUAAUUUCUUCUGUCUUCUUCCUGCCCAGUGCGUGGGGCCAGAGCAGCAGCAAGUUAGAUGUGGUGGUGGAGGCCCGUAAUAUCACCCUCCCAGCCGGGACCCAGGCCGUGCUGCCCUGCCACAGCUCCCGCAUGAUAUGGACCCGGGACCGGCUGAAGGAUCGCCAGAGGGUGGUCCACUGGGACCUGUUCCGGAGCACACCAGAGUACUCUGUGGAAAGGAUACUGGACAUGUCUGCUGGCGUCAAAGAGAGAGUCUACAAUGGGUUCAACAAGGGCCGCAUAACCAUCCCCAAAACCGCCUUCACUGACGGGAACUUCUCCCUCGUCAUCAACAAUGUAGGAACAGCUGAUCGAGGUGUUUAUAGUUGUAAUCUGCAUCACCACUACUGCCAGCUUCACCAGUCCAUCAAGAUACAGCUCAACACCACCAAGUCAGUCCGUAAGGAGAAGCGUUACUGGGACGGGGACAAGACAGUGUUUGUGGUGUUGCUGGGCAGCUCUGUGGUGUUGCCUUGUGUGAACAGGCGGCCCCUGUGGAUGGAGGGCCAGCAGGAGGACCAGCAGCAGGUAGCCCACUGGGACUGGCAGCCACCUGGGGUGAGACCUGAUGGAGCUGACCGCAUGGUGGACCUUUACGCCUCUGGAGAGCGCCGGCAGUAUGGACCACUCUUCCCUGUGGACAAGAUGAGUGUCUCUGAGGAUGCCUUCUCUGUAGGGGAUUUCUCUCUGACCAUCUCUAAUCUCCAGCCUGUCGACAAGGGCCUGUACUCCUGUCACCUGCACCACCACUACUGCGGCCUGCACGAGAGACGCAUCUUCAGGCUCAUGGUGGGGCCUUCACUGCCCCCACCUCCUCCGGUCCUCACUGCUGCCCCUGUUGCCCCUGCUGUCCCGACUGUCCUUGCUAUCCCCCACAGACUCCCCAAUGAUGACCCAAGCCCUGAGGUGGUUGAACUUGAGAGACCACGGGUAGUCAAUGUCAUCCUCCCUGAGCACCCAGGGCACUUCUUCCAGCAGAUGGGCUACUUCCUGGCUACCUUCCUCCUCCUAGCCUUCAUCAUAACAAUCGUCAUUGUGCUUACCCGACGACGCAGAAAGAGAGGGCUGGAGUACGACCUGCGCAGAUCCGAACGGAGUCAUGUGACUGGCUACGAUGACAUCGCAUUGGAUGCCACAGAGCUGAAAGUCUGCACCCAGGAAUACCUGAAUUCAGACUACAAAAACAACCUACUGAAAGAGAGAGAUAUGUCUAAAGGCUGCAAUAAAGAAAUGGAUGGAAAGUUGUGGAUAUGAGACAGAGAGAGCUGAUAUGCCGCUGGCGGCUCCAGAGCAGACAUACAUGACUAGGAAGAGGAAAUAAGGGAUUAGAAUGGUGGAAUCCAAAAAGGACAGGAAAGGACUCUGUCUCUUUUUAUAGACACCCCUUACCAAACACUCUUACCAAAACAUUUCUGUUGCUGCGCCAGUUUUUAAUAUUUUAUUUUAUAUUUUCAUACUUGUGUAUUCUGUAUUCUGAUCUGAUGUUAUUUCAAUAUGGCUAAACAUGUCUUAAAUUUUGUAUUGUACUACACAGAUAUUUGAUGUCAAGUAUUUUAUAUUACAAAAAACAACCAGUGGGUGCUAUACAACAUUCGUUGUCUUUUUGUACAUAACAAAAUACUUUCUAUCAGUAUAUGACUUCAUUUUCAGAAAGCAUGUUGUCUUUAAAUGUAUGUGGGAAAACUGUCAUGUUCUGAUUUCAGAGCUCAGCCAGCUCAGAAUUAGUUGAGAAUGUUUAUUAAAAUAUUUGCACAAACCUGUAAUUUACUAGUAAUAUACUAGUAACAUUCAUUCUGUCUGUAAAGGGUUUGUAAAGGGUCAUAAGUAUUUUAUAGCUAUGCUGUUAAUUAUUAGUUCAUAACUUGCUUAGAAAUCUGUAUUAAGCCGUUAUACCUGUUAUAAUGGUAUUCUUACCAAGUUCAUGCGAUUGAUGAUCAUGGACCACAAAGAAAGGCUAUACAUGUAAUAAAACUCAGGAAAUCAAUCCUUAAACAGAA